CAGUAGCAGCAAAACGGAGAGGAUCUACAGAGGGGAAAUGACUCCGCGUGUUUUUGUGGCUUUUCCAGCUAGUCCAGUCCACUAUCGGUGCCACCUACUUUUUGAUACUGUAGAGAAUAAAAGUACAAGUGAUGUCGUCUCUUCUGAGGGAGGAGAUGCAGAGGGUUUUGUUCCGACCUGCAAAACAGAGACUGGUGGAGUUUAUUGAGAUUGAAGAGCCGUCGCAUGGAAGACAUUUUCUUUGUGUCUCAGUUGCAAAAACCAAAGUGGUGCAGUUAUGUAUAGUGCGAUGUCAGAUAUCGGAGCCAUCUCUUAAGUCUGGAUCCAAGAGGUCCCACACCAAACGCUCCAGCAUACAGGACUGCUACAGGAGGACGGAGACCUGGUCCCUGCAAGACCUGACUCUUGUUGAUGGACGGGACCCUGAUGUGGAUGACCCCUGUUUCCUGCUGCACUUUGACAAGGUGCGGACAGUGACAGCCGUCAGCUGCUCAGCCAAAUACACUAUCGUGCGUGCCCUGGUUGCUCUAAGUGAUCGGCACUGUCAAAGGUCGCUGAACUUGAGGAACUUUGACUGGACCUACAUCAGGCCCACAUCCUUCUACUCCAACAGAGGUGACUGUGUUGUUCUGACACAGAUAUGCUUCUAUGCAUUCAAUUUAGUGUGUCUGUCCAUGUGUCCUGUGCCCCUGGAUGCAUAACUGAAUGGAACAAUGAUUGUAUGUUUGUCAAGUAAGGUGUGUAUCUAUGUGUGUCAGUUAGAAAACUGUGGCAGAUUUAUUGUAUGUAACUUGUGUUGAGUAGGAGGUGUGGAGUAAAUUAUUGCUGCUUCUGUUACACUACUAUGGCAUUGAUUUGGAGUUAUUCGCCAUGAAAAGUCUUUUGCAUUAAUAUUCUGCUGAAUGUAUCUUUAUUGCAAAUACAGGUUUCAAGCAGCUUGGUAUUUGUUAACGGUGCAAUCCACUUUUGUGAUCAUUUAAUUACUGAUCCCUGAAGGUAUGCUAUGUGUGUGCAAAUGUAAAAGUGUGAAUUUCAAAUGGAGAAGAAAUAAAACAAUUCCAAAUCCACUGCC